CGGGUGAGACUUUCCCAACAUGUGUCUUCUAACUGCUGUGUUCGGCCGAGCGAUGAGUUUGAGGCUGCGCCUAUAAAGUUCCUCCCUGGUUCCAGUCCAGGCCAGGCCUUUAAGAUCCGUCGCACACUGCUCCAGGCUCCAGGCUUAUUUUUAUCACUGUUUCGGCAUGCGGGUCUUUCAGUGUUCGUGGCCCUCGUGCAACAAGGAUUUUGUGCGAAAAGCUGAUCUCGCUCGACAUUUCCAGAUCCACGUCGAUAAGCGCCCGUACGCCUGUUCUGAGCCAGGAUGUUCGAAUAGUUUCCAUCAGCGUUCAUCGCUGAAUAUACAUCAGCGGAUUCACACUGGCGAUAGACCAUAUUUUUGCGAAGUCAACAGUUGUCAGAGAACAUUUAGCGACCCAUCAAGCUAUUCCCGACACCAACGGUCACACAGGAACGACAGGCCAUUCGUUUGUGGUAUGCCGCACUGCAAACAGGAGUUCGCCCGUGAAGGAUCCUUAGAACAACACCGACUCCAACACGAAGAGCAGGACAUUGCAUUUGAACAACAGCAGCGCCAAGAAGCCCUAGCUCUCGAUCUGUCCACAUACAGCACGAGUAUAACCCUCACGGUCCCUCCAUCAACGCCCUCACCUACGUACCUCAACGGCGAACCUAUCGUCUGGGAUGCCCUCCCCUGCGACGACAUAGACACGAUACUAGCACGCCUCACACAACCAGCACACCCGAAUUCACAUUUAAUGCCUGGCCACACGACGCCCAACCAGAGUCAGAUCGGGAUCCACCAGCUCGAUCAGCAAUAUAUCGAUCUGUCUGGACUGGCCGCCCAUCAACCCGUCCAGCAGCCGUUUCACGACUGGCCGUUACCCCCCGCUGCGUCCAGACCGAAUCGGAGCUUCCCAAACUCCAUAGCAUAUAAUGACAACAGCUGGCUUUAAUAAUGGGAGAGGAGAGGUUCUUGUCAUAUUACAUGUGUGAGGUCUGUCCAAUACGCGCUUCGACGCUAUGACCAUUCCCGCUGCCAAGGAACUGACGAUCGGUUCGUGAAACAUCUUGUCUCAGAAACGGCAUUAUCUUAAGAAUAGACUCGCCAGAGAACAUACGUUCAUGGGAUCAUCUACCUAUAACUGGGAGAAAAGUUGCCAGGACAACGUAGGAUAAUCUCGAAAUCCUAUCGGGUUGUAUACAAUGUUUGGCGAUAGCACCCUCCCUAAUCUCUGAAUCUCAUCUCAGCAAAUAAGUAGAAUUCUGCUGCAGCCAUGAUUUGCAAUUUGAUCUUAAGAUUUCUCGUUCAAGCGCGCUGAGAAGCUUAUCCACCGCUUAGCGCCACAGUAGUCAUUCUGAGGUCC